GCCAGGCUGACCCAGAGCUCUGCUGUUCCCCAACCAGAUGAACCUGGUGGAGGAGAAGCCCAGCGAGGACCUGACCCCCCACAUCCGCUGCAGCGACAACUGCGACCCCAACAAGCUGGACUCUGACCAGAGCUGCCUGCGCCGGAUCCGCGAGGCCCUGCAGCAUUACCGGACGCUGCUGGGCUCCGACGUCUUCGCCGAGGUGGGGGGCCCGGACUCCAGCCCCAUAGCCACACUACAGGACGCCCUGGCCCAGCUGACCAGCCUCGUCCAGGAUGGCAGCUUUGCCGAGGGGUCGGCAGCCCCGCUGCAGCAGAGCCAGCCCUGGGAACGGCCUGUGCUCCGGCACCGCAUCCUCCACCAGCUCCGCUCCUUCUCGGCCGUGAUGGCGCGGGUCUUUGCCCACAGCGCGGCCACCCGCUAGGCCAGAGGGAGCAUUUCUCCAGGACCGCCAGAGCCGAGUCCAGCCCCACAGCGGGCGCCCAGCCAAGGGAACCCAGCGCCGGCCUGAGCUCCGCCCGCUUCUGGACUGUGUUUAUCGCAUACCCCCCGCCCCCGCUGUAUUUAUUGCCCGGCCCUUGGGUUAUUUAUGAGCAGCCGCUGUCUAUUUAUGCCCCAGCCGGGUGGCUAUU